AUGGGUACCAUGGCUACGCCCACUCUAGCAUACUUGCCAGAGAACUCGCCGAUUGCAGUUGAUCAGAUGCUUGAGAAGCCCACCAUCCAGCGAUCGCGCACGUCCGGCACAUUGUCGCCUGCCCGUGUGCUUUCACGUCUUCCAUCGCCGUCGCGCAAUCGGGCCAACACUGCACCAUCUUCUCGCCCAGGAAGUCUUCGCCGUACAAAGACCGACGUAGAUGAUGCCAUCCGCGAGUUGAACACUAUAAUCGAAGAGCGCCGUGCCAGCGCCUACCGCUCCCACGCCCAUUCACCCGCACUCAUCAACCGUCCCCCACCCUCUCCUUCUCACCACGUGCCUUACAUCGCGCCAUCGAUGCGUAUGCACGUUCGCUCUGAGACCCUUUCAGACAUUGGCUCUGCAUUCUCAGCUCCUCUGGGUUUCAAGCCACUCGCCACCACCCCAGAAGCUACCGCGCCUCGACGAGCAACGAUGGGACUUACACUCUCCCCACCAUCCUUCGCUCACACCGGCCCCUUGACCUCGAACCCGAUCACGCCGCCACCACCCGCUACGCCCACCACACCCAUCGCCCGCCUAGGAGCCUGGCUCAAGCGCUCCACCUCCACCCUAGCCUCUUCCUCGCGUCCCACGACGCCAAAAACAGCAGACUCUUUCUACCAAUGCUCGCCCUACCCCGCCCUCCCUACCUCAACCUCUCGACCCUCAACAUCCGGCUCCCGCACCCUCCACACCCGACAAGAGAGCCAAGAAAGCAACGGCACAGCCACUGUAACCCUCUUCUCUACUACAUCCUACGCCUCCACCCGCUCCACCUCGCCUACACCAACGACCCACUCACUCGCCUCCACCGUCGCUACUUGCUCGCCGCCCCGCAAGCUCCGCCGCGUACCUGCUCCUUUGACGCUCGUGAAGGAGAAGGAGAUCGCUGCUGAGGCUGGUCUCUUGAGCGCGACAACAAGGAAGAGCGGUGUCAUGAAUGUGAAGCCACCUAUGAGUCCUCACUUUGAUUUGCUCAAGGGUAUGGAGAUUAGUGCCAAAGACGUUGGCGUUAAUGGUAGGGCAAGUGCGAUGGUCAUGAGUCCAGGGGCUGUUGGUGUUGCCUUCUAA